GAGGAAUUCUCUAUAAUCAAUUCAAUAUUAAUUAACAAUAUUAAUGUUGGCUUUAUUAUUAAAGUUGAGUAAAUCGUGCACCAAUAUUUAGGCACACAACAUUUAUACAUUUGCGUAAUUAAUGUUUAAUCGGUGUUUUGUGCAUCGUGAUAUAAUUUAGGCCUGUACAAUAAUUGCCAAUUAAUUACUUGGAAAUGAUUUAAAAUUCUUUCAAAUGCACUAUUAAAGGUUUCAAUAAAAUGUGAAGAACUUGCAACAUAUUGAAGUAUCGACGAAAUUGAAUACUUUUCGCGAAUAUAAUUAGGAAUAAAAAUAGGAAUUUUACUGGACUUAAUUCAAAAUAUUUUUUCACUGACCGUGAAAACUAUGUAGGCGCAGUUACUGACGUUCUGAGUAAGAUCAGUUCUAAAGAGAUGCUCGCUUGAAACUGAAUAUAUUUGCUGUGUUUAUCUUUCUUGUUAUGAUGAGAAUUGCUGCAUACUUAUUACGAGAUACGCUGUUGUUGAAAGUGACCGAAAAAAUGGAUAAUUUAAGUGCUGAGCGCUACUUAGCCAUGCCUUUUACUUACAGGUAUAAGACAUAAGCUGAUAAUUCAAACAAUAUUGCAUUUCAGUUGUGUAUGUAAAUGGUAUAUAAAUUGUAAUAUAAGUCGAAGCUCCAGUGCAGAAAUGAAUUUUUCGUCAUUUUAAGGCAUCACUAGACUUCAGAUUCAGUUGUCUAGUCUCGAAUAAAGAUGCUUUAUGUGAUCUCGGGCAUAACAUUUUACACACCCUCAGACCCCUUUGGUUUGUUGCAAAUACUUUUACAGAUGGCUUAAAUUCUGAAAUCAAUCCCGUUUACUGGCUUUACAACUGUUCCUUUGGUGUUCCUGCAGACCCAAGCACUUUGCAACAUUCAUUGGGUAUUUCUUCUAUUUUUCAUUAGAUAGUUGGUGUUGUUAUAGAGCUCAUGGCGUUGGGCAAAACGAGCUUUUUACAGCGAGGACGAAUGAUUUAUCCUUUAUUGUUCAGUCCCUGUGAUCACGUGCCUGCAGCACCCAAUCAAAUGGCAGAAUGCCUUCAACUUAUUAAGCGGCUGGAGCUUUGCGAGGGGGGAAGCAGCCUUUUGAUUCCCACACUUUAUUAUUUUGCGAGGCUGUUGGUGUGUGUGUGUGUGUUGGUGUGUGUGUAUAUGUGUGUGUGUGUUUUUUUUUAAUGCGUGUAUAUGAAUGCGAGCGAGCCCCCACCAUGUCGACAUCCGGAGCUCUGACAGGAUACUACGUUGACUCUCUGCUACUACCGGAGAGCGAUGAAGCCCACUUUCCUGCAGGCCCGGGGCUUCCCCAGCACGCCAGGCAGUCUGCUCUACCAACCGAGCGCAGCGAGCUCGGGCCAUGCGUGUUCCCAUCGAAGCAGCCCGUGUAUGGCGGCUCAGGAUGGGGCCACAUACCUUCCGUGUAUCACUCGCACGCGCAACCCCAGCCUCAGUUAGCGGGAGACUACGCACAGCCUUGGCUCCUGGACUCAGGCUGCGCUCCACUGUCUCUGACCGAGCUGCCGGCCGUCCAUCACCACUUCCCUGCCAAACACGAGCUGCUUGGCCACGCUAACGGUGCGCUUUCCAGCUCCCGAGCUACUCUCUUACAGGAAGACUUCACCAACGGUGGAUGCGCCACGGACAAGGAUGCGCUGAACGCUCGGACUACAGAAGCAAGAGGCGAGGAACCACAAAAACCAAGCGUCGAUCCAAACAACCCCGUGUCCAACUGGCUUCACGCGAGCUCCACGCGCAAAAAACGCUGCCCGUACACUAAGCACCAGAUCCUGGAGCUGGAGAAGGAGUUUCUCUUUAAUACGUACCUUACGCGCGACCGCAGGUACGAGGUGGCGCGCCUCCUCAAUCUCACUGAGAGACAGGUCAAAAUUUGGUUCCAAAACCGCAGGAUGAAGAUGAAAAAACUGAAUAAAGACGACACGAAAGACGAGUGAAAGACAGCAAUUUGAGAGCAAACCAGUGUUGAACUGAAUGUUUUUUUUUUUUUUUAACAUUAGGUCUUUCCUCCUUCAUUCCGUGGUUUUUAUUCAUUGUUUUGUUUGUCUAUAAAGCAUGCUAGGAGUCGUGUUGCAUAUUGGAUUAUUUGUGUGUCUUUAUGUGACUGAAUCUUUCUGAAUAUUGCACAAAUCCAGUUUAUUUGAACGGAAAGGAAAAAUCUUGAUCUGACGAGGUGUUUUUUUCUGGCACAUAUCAAGCCUUUUGUUUUUUGUUCAACUAAUAGACACGAUUUUGAUGAAUAUAUCAAUUCCCAUUCGAUUGCAUCUUAGUAUACUGAAGUACAUCUAGAGUAUAGUUGUUUUCUUGUUAUCAUUUCUGCAGGUCUCAGACAUUUCGAGCAGACCAUUGUAAACAUGGUUUAUGCAGUGCUAUGUAGUUUUCACACUGAAGGGGGUUUUAAGGUCAUGUGUGCUCUAGAAACGUUGUAGAAUUUUGUUCGUAAUUACUAUAGUUUUUGUGACUGCCUAGGCUCUUCACUACCUAUAUUUGAUUUUUUUGGUUGUAAUUUUUUUAAUAGAGAUUCCCUAUAUAUGCUAACAUUUGAGCUCCGACAAAAAUCAUCGCGAUCUUCAGGGCUUCAGGGAGUGAAUGAGAUAGAUAUUAAAGAUAGCUAAACAAAAUAGAUAUUAAAAAACACUGUAGUCAGAAAAAGAAAUACCUCAUGGGCUGUGGAUCGCCCUGACCAUGUGCUUUUGUUUACUUUAAAUCUCUCAAAUGUAAUUUGUAUUUUAUUUAUUGAAGAAUAAAAUCAUAUCUGUGAAAACA